AUGACUGCGGGCGAGGCCGAGGGCGCGGAGCCCGGCGCGGCGCGGCCGCCCUCCCGGGGGGCCUGGCUGCUGUCCGCGCUCUUCUACAGGAACUCCUUCGUCCUCGUGCUGGUCAACAAGGCGUUGCUGACCACCUAUGGUUUCCCAUCACCAAUUGUCCUUGGAAUUGGACAGAUGGCUGCCACCAUAAUGAUACUGUAUGUAUCCAAGCUAAAUAAAAUAAUUCAUUUCCCUGAUUUUGACAAGAAAAUUCCUGUAAAGCUGUUUCCUCUGCCUAUUCUCUACGUUGGAAACCAUAUAAGUGGACUAUCAAGCACAAGUAAAUUAAGCCUGCCGAUGUUCACCGUGCUCAGGAAAUUCACCAUUCCAUUGACUUUGCUCCUGGAAACCAUCAUACUUGGGAAGCAGUAUUCACUGAACAUCAUCGUCAGUGUCUUUGCCAUCAUUCUCGGGGCUUUCAUAGCAGCUGGGUCUGAUCUUGCUUUUAACUUGGAAGGCUACAUCUUUGUAUUCCUGAACGAUAUCUUCACGGCAGCAAAUGGAGUCUAUACCAAACAGAAAAUGGACCCAAAGGAGCUAGGGAAAUACGGCGUGCUUUUCUAUAACGCUUGCUUCAUGAUUGUCCCAACUUUUAUCAUCAGUAUCUCCACUGGGGACCUGCAGCAGGAGUCAAGGCAUGAAGAAAAUCUAUUGAAGCCACCGUGCCAGCAGUCACGAACUGGGGCCUAUGUGAUAGCAAUAACCUUCUUCUCUGUGCAGAUGUCCCACAUGCAGGCAACUUCUUUGCUGAUGUUUGACACCAAAAGAAAGGAGAGAGGAGAGGAAUUAAAAGUAGCAUAUAACAUUGCAAAAAGUGCUUUCUUUCCGAAGAAAACAAAGCUUUUCUUCAUAUUGGGAAUAUAUGAGUGCUGUGAAACUGUCAGUUAA